GCAGCAAAAGAGGCACCUUUAGCAGGACACCCGCCGCCCGCACGGAGGGCAGUGCCCGCCCCGGGUCACGGCCGCGCUCCCUCAGCCGCGGGCCCUUUCCGGCGCCGCCCCCGCCCGGCGCUGCCACAUCCUCCGCUGACAUCAGCCCGCGCCGCCAUAUUGAGCCGCCGCCGCCGCCAGCGCGGCCGACCCGCUCCGGACCCGCUGCCCAUGUCUGCCCCCGGCCGGAGCGCGUAGGGCGGAGCGGCCCCCGGCCCUUCUCAUCCCGGAGCCCCGCUCUCCCCCCGCCAGCCAUGACUUCCCUGACCCAGCGCAGCUCCGGGCUGGUGCAGCGCCGGACCGAGGCCUCCCGCAGCGCCGCCGCCGCCGCCGACAAGGAGCGGGGCGCCGGCGGUGGCUCCGACGAUGAAGGGCGCCGGGAUGAGCCCGGCGACGACGAGAAGGGCGAUUCCAAGGAGACGCGGCUCACCCUCAUGGAGGAGGUGCUGCUGCUGGGCCUCAAGGACCGCGAGGGUUACACAUCUUUCUGGAAUGAUUGCAUCUCCUCAGGAUUGCGUGGCUGCAUGUUAAUCGAAUUGGCAUUGCGGGGGCGUCUUCAGCUGGAGGCUUGUGGAAUGAGGCGUAAAAGUCUGUUAACAAGAAAGGUGAUUUGCAAGUCAGAUGCUCCUACAGGGGAUGUUCUGCUUGAUGAAGCUCUGAAACACAUAAAAGAGACCCAACCUCCUGAAACAGUACAAAAUUGGAUUGAACUGCUUAGUGGUGAAACAUGGAACCCACUGAAGUUGCACUACCAGCUACGAAAUGUUCGUGAACGGUUAGCCAAAAAUCUAGUGGAAAAAGGUGUACUGACAACAGAGAAACAGAACUUCCUUCUUUUUGACAUGACUACCCACCCUCUCACCAACAACAACAUCAAACAGCGCCUCAUCAAGAAGGUUCAAGAAGCAGUUCUUGACAAAUGGGUGAACGACCCCCACCGCAUGGACAAGCGCCUGCUGGCACUGGUGUACUUAGCCCACGCCUCGGAUGUCCUGGAGAACGCUUUUGCCCCCCUCCUGGAUGAGCAGUAUGAUUUAGCCACAAAGAGAGUGCGGCAGCUUCUGGAUUUAGACCCUGAGGUUGAAUGUAUGAAAACCAACACGAAUGAGGUUCUCUGGGCUGUUGUAGCAGCUUUCACAAAGUAACUGCGUUCAGACUGAAGUGUUCUCUCUUCUUUCAUGUAAACCAGUUGUUUCUCUUCUAUUGACUAUUCAUGUUUUCUGUCAUUUGUACCUUCUCACAUGAUAAAUUGACUUUUGUUUAAUGGGAACUAUAAGUUGGUGUAUUCCCUACUUCUCUGUCUAUCUGUAUACAGGAUUCUGCUGGUACAAGAGACUUUCCUGUUUGAAAACAACAGAAAAAGGGUUAACUGCCAUAUUGGCAUUCCAUUUCCUAUUCAGUUUGAAUUUUCUUAAAUACUCUGUUUAAUUUUUCACCUUGUUAUUGAGAUGGUUUAAGUCACCAAAGCUCCAUGUUGAAGUGUCUGUCAGGACAUUUUAUAUACAGAUGUUUUCAAUUAUAUCUAACAAAAUUACUUUAAAAGCAGAAAUGCCAUUAAGCAGCUUUGUCAAUAGUUCCUGUAAAAUGCCCCAUACAUUUUACUUUCCAUGCAAGUCUCUUGUGUACUUAUAUUUUCAUUAGAACAGUAGCUGAGUCAUAAGGCUAGUAUAGAAAGGUCCAAUUGUUUCAUUAACCAGUUUUGUGAGGGGAUACAUUCCAUUAUAUUGUAUAUAUAGUUCAAAUUGUAUAUUAACAACUGCCCCAUCUUAGUAUUUUGCAAGACCUACUUACCUGUACACCUGGUGCCCCUUAUUUGCUGUCAGCCAUUGCCAUUUCAUGCAAAGAAAGGCCUCCUGCAAAGGUCUUGUAUGUGAAAGCUGUUUGUUUCCAGAGUCUCCAGAGUUUGCCAUCCAGGUAUUCUCAGUCUAUGCAUUGCCUUUGAAAAUUAGUGAAGGGAAAGAGACCUCUUUCUAUUGUUGUUUGUACUUUUUUCUUUCCUUCCCCCUCUCUAUGGAAGAGGCUCGUGACCAGUACCAUUCUUAAGUGCAGUUUUAGAUUUGUACACAAAUUAAUGUUUGUCUCUUAAGCCUCAAACUAUUUUACACUUUAAAGACAAAAAGUCAGUCCUAGCAGGUGUUGCAUGUAAAUGGUUAGCAAGUAAUGACUGCAGUUCAGACAAUUCAGAUUUCUGUAAUGGGACGCUCUGCUAUAUUUUAAUUUUUAUAUAUACAAUUAUGCUGAUUAGCACACUACUGUAAAAGAAAACCAAAACCUAUAUAAAACUUUGGCUUUUUAAAAUCUGCUGCCUCUUUGCUACUGCUUGUUAUUUCCCAUUGAUUUCACAGUGUAAAUAUUAUGCAUUGAAAAAGUUAGGCAUUGAUUUAUAUUUUUUUUUUUCUCAUAACAGUGCAGAUUUAUAGUGGGGCUUACAGGUGUUUAGAAAAAUUUUUGGUUAAUAUUCAGAGCAAGAAUACUAGAUGGUGUAUAACUAUAGAGUUGAAAUUUAAGGGAUCCCUUAAUCUGUAUACUAGCUUUUUACCUACAGUAAAUAAACUAUGAUCUUGAAAGUGCCUGAAACAGAGUAAGCAUGUCACUUUUAUUUUUUGUUGCUGAUUAGAAAGGUUUUAUUGCCUAACUGAAAGCUGUAGUUAAUAUCCUUCUUAUUAGAAAGGGAGAAUUUACAUUAAGUAGUUCAGACUGACUUAAUCAGUGGUGUCGCUCGGAUCUGCAGGAUUCAUGGCUGGGGCAGACUUGAGUUAAUUUGUGAGUGUGCAGCUCUGCCUGCCAUGGGUAGAUCUCUUCUGUCUUGAGCACAACUCUACAGCCUCAUCUGUGACUGGACUUCCAGAUUUGCACUUCAUUUUCAAUCAUUUAGAUGCUUAAGUAGUUGACACUAAAACACAACUUAUAUUCAUCAUACCUAUAUAACCUUUUUUAAUAAAGGUUUUUACAACAGGUCCUUAACACUUAAUGGCACACUGUUCUUUCAGUUCUUAAUGCUGUUUCUUUAGAAAAAUGAAAUUAAAAUAUAUUGUAAGAUAUUUCAAAUUCUGGUUUACAAAUAAAAAGACAGACAGUGUUCUCUCACUUGUAAGAUGCUGUGUUUAAAACUUUGAGGAGUUUGGGCAUGAACUGGGGAUGUUGUUUUUUAAACAUUUCAAACCAUGAUUGCUUUAAGUGGAGGUAAAAUGAAAAUUGCAAUGUUGCUCUUAUCUUGGACAGCUUACAGCAGCUUACUUUCUGUACUUGGUAUUAUAUGCUAACUCACUGCUUUCAUUGUCUCUUUCUCCUGUGAUCCACUUUCUUAUUUUCUGUUGCUCUUUGAGAGAAGAAAAAAGUCUUUAGGUGGAAAGGUCAGAAAGAUAGUGGAGUAUGCAGGAGCAAGUUCCGUGCACAAAACUUUUAAAAUGGCUUUGAAAAUCGAAGCUACUUGAAACAUGCUUCAGACUGAAAGUAUCAUUCAUAGUCCUUUUCCUGGCCUCUCAUCUUCCUUCUUGAGUAUUUUCCAUGUUCCUGCUGAUUUCAAGUUUCGUUGUGGGGGAUAUUGGAGUUUUAUCACCCUUACAGGGCGAUAAACCAAUAUGGUUUAAAAGAAGUCAUGCUUUAAUCCCCCCUCUCAAAAGAUGAUUUGGGAUUUUUUGACUUUUUUUAUUUCCACAUAGGGGAUAACUGCACACAGUAUUUAUCAGCUUUAUUUUGCUUAAAGAUAGUACCUCUGACCAUGAUGGGGAGAGUUGGUGCUGGACAUGUCAAAGAAAUGUGAUGUAAGCAACAACGGGUUUGUGAAGAGCAACAGUGUCUUUUGCUGAACCCCCUGUUGUAAGCCUGGAUGUGGGAAAUAGAUGAGCUUUUGGAGUCUUAAGUCCUAUGUAGUGCUUCAAAAAGCCCAAAGCCUCAAGGAAGGUAAGUUUGGUAGGUUGACAGGAACUGAUUUAGCUGACAUGGUUGCCUUCAUUCCUAUUUCAGGAUCCAAUAAAAUGGUUAAACAUGGGAGACUGCUUUGUUCUGCUGAAAUUCAGGUGCCCUUCUACCUGUUAGCUGCUACUGCAGCUCGUGGAAACCUGGUUUCCAGACAGCUGUCUGCUCCAAAUCCUCAGCUCUCAGUGGCUGCUUGAAGUGAAGACUGUUAUCCAUAGCCUGAACUUGAACAUGUGCCUCAAGGAAAAACAUAUAUUAUUCAGGGACAUGUUAUUUUAAAACAAACUUUCAAGUCGAAACCAGGAUUUUGAAAGUUAAAUCCCCAAGCAGUGCAUAUAUAUCCAUAGUUUCACAGUCCUUGAGGUUUACAUCCUCCUCUCCUGUGUCUCUAGAGCUGAUGUUGCAGUGCUAUUACAUGGAAUUCUGGUGAAACCUGUGUGCCAUAAAUGAUGCUUUUGAGGCAAAACGUGCAUAAAGUGGUGAUACAAGGCUGGUGACUGAGUGCUCACGUGUUCAUGCCCAUUUCUCCUACAAAGUGAAGAUAUGUAUUGACUGAUGUGUUCUCUGUGAACUGGACUGAAUCUGUACUGUAAUAAAAUAAAGACCCUUUCAUGCUACGA